AUGUCAUUGAGUAAUUGUAAUGUUAUAUUCGUGGAUGAGCACCCCCUCAGAAACAAUAUAAUUCUCUCAGAUUCUCUAAGCACACUCCUAAGUCUUAAUAAUAAAAUAUACACAACUGUUAUAGCAAAACUCAUACAAGAAAAAAUCUACCAGGCAACUAACAGAGGAUCAAACAUAUCCCUAAUCUGGAUUCCAGGACACUGCAAUAUAGAAGGGAACGAAAAGGCAGACGAAGAAUCAAAGAAAGCAACGAAAUCACCUGACACUCCUAAACUAAACCUAAUAACCUACGCGAAUGUAAAAAACCAAAUCCAUGCCUUCAUUCAGAUCAGAUGCCAAGUGCACUGGUUGCGACAAAAUACUAAACUCCGUACAAUCAAAAGCACAAUACACCAAUGGCCUAACCCUAAUCUCAACAGAAGAGAGAGAAUAGCUAUCAAUCGCCUCCGGAUCGGACACACUAGGUUAACCCAUAAAUCGCUCAUGACUAAAGAAGAUCCUCCGCAAUGUCCAACCUGUGGAGUCAGCAUAACAGUCAAACAUUUAAUAACCGAAUGCAUUAAGUACGCAGAAGACGCCAAAAAAUACAACAUAUCAUCCAACAUAGACGAAGCUUUAGGCCCCAACAAUGAAGAUAUCAACAACAUGGUAUGA